UUAUACAUAUUACUUAUCCAUCCAGCUAAAUACGCCAUGUUGCUUAUCUACUGAAAUGAUCGGUCUACCGGAUUUACGAGAAUAUUGCUCCGGGGUCAAACAUUUAGCCACAAAUAAAUGGACAGACGAUAUGCAUCAUUUCUUGUUGUGCUUAGUUUGUAUUGUAUGUUGAGCUAGAAAGCUGCUGUGACAUUAUAUGAAAAAUAAUUCACAGUAAAGACGACCAUGGGGAAAUUGAAGUCUUUCUACGUGGAGUUGGAAAAUCCUAACGGCGUGUAUUAUGCUGGACAGAUAAUGAAUGGGCGGCUAGUUGUAGAACUAAUAGAAGAAAUGCACAUGAAAGAGAUACGACUGAUAUUUAAGGGCGGGGCUGAGGUCUACUGGACGGAGACCUAUACGUCUGCCACUGAGGGAGGCGACACACGGGAUAACACGGAAACGUUUGCUGCCUCGGAAACCUACUUCAAUCAGUCUGUACCGGUUUACGGCAGAGGGCUUGGAACGGGAGAUAAGUGUCGCCUACCCCCAGGGCAGCAUUUUUAUCCGUUUUCUUUUCAACUGCCUUCACGUCUGCCCUCCUCCUUUGAAGGGGGUGACGGGUAUGUCCGCUACACCAUCAGAGGUGUGAUCGACAGGUCCAGCUGGAUCAAGAAAGACAAGGACACUAAGAAACCGUUCACAGUCAUCGCUCUCUUGGAUCUCAACACUUACCCAAACUCAGCGUGUGCAACCCAAAAUCAGAAGAGUAAAAACGUCUGUUGUCUGUGCUGUAAAUCGGGGCCAGUCACGGGGAAAAUUAGAGUGGACAGGAUAGGACAUGUUCCGGGGGACACAGUCCGGUUCCAGUCCGAAAUUCAGAAUUUGACAAACAGAGUCUGCAAGAGUUACGUCAAGUUUUAUAUGAGCAUUACAUUUCGAACUCCUAAAAAAUGCAAAGCGAUGGCCAGAGAAAUAACGAGAGUAAAUCAUCAAAAUGUUCCCCCCGGGGACUCGGAGGCUUGGGCCGGGGAAACUUUCUCCAUCCCUUCCGUGCCCCCAUCGGAUCUGAUUGGAUGUGGGAUCAUCGAUGUAGACUAUUUCAUUGAGUUGGUUGCUAUGAAACUUCACAUUCCUGCUAAAAUCAUAAUCGGAACAAUUCCUCUGCAAGUAGUUACCCAGCAAUACCAGACACAUCCGGGAGUUUCUGCACCACAGCUCUCUGCGCAGGCGUCGUCCUAUUUGCCUACUAGUCCAACACCCUCGGCGCCACCAAUGGCAAAUACUCUACCUAAAUCCAAUACACCUUUGCCUUCCUAUUCAGAAAGUGUAUUUGGUAGAACCAGUAUCAAAGAAUCGAGUGAUUCCGAAAAAACACGAGGUGACAUGAACUUUGCCCCGUCAUAUGCCUACUACGAUUGGUCUCGACAUUGACCGAUUUUUUAAGAAA